ACUACCAGUCACUCUCUCUCUCUCUCUCUCUCUCUCUCUCUCUCUCUCUCUCUCUUUCAUAUUCAUGGCCAAUUCCACUCAUCCCCUGCUUUCCGAGUAUUCCAACUCAGAAGGAGAAAAUCCCAAACAUUCGAAUCCCAAUCUCAACGUCGACAUUGAGGACGAAAAUGAAUACGUUCCAAUCCCAUCGCUGGAUUCAACAAUAGAAACAUGCAUUGGAGAUUUGGGGUGGCCCCAAUUGUUUCAGGCCCUCCUCGUGUCUCUUGCAUGGCUUUUCGAUGCACAGCAAACAUUCCUCAGCAUCUUCACUGAUGCUGACCCACCAUGGCACUGUACUGACUCCACCACCACCAGUAUCAACUCUAAUUGCAGCUCUUUUUCCACCGAUGUUUGCCUCCUCCCCAGUGACUCGUGGGCCUGGGAUUUGCCACGCCACGCCUCCUUCAUCUCCGAGUGGGGCCUCCAGUGCGCCGGCUCCUUCCUCACAGGCCUGCCGGGGUCCUCCUUCUUCAUGGGGUGCCUCAUCGGAGGGCUUGUGCUUGCAACCCUGGCCGACUCCUCCCUCGGGCGCAAGAACAUGCUCUUUCUGGGAUCCCUCGUCAUGUCUCUAUCCGCUCUCUGCACUGCUUUCUCCUCCAACGUCUGGAUCUACUCCGCCCUGCGAUUCGUGGCCGGCUUCGGCCGCUCCACCAUCGGAACUUGCUCUCUCGUCCUGUCCACGGAACUGGUAGGAAAGCGGUGGAGGGGCCAGGUCGGCGUCAUCGGAUUCUUGUGCUUCACGCUAGGGUUUCUGUCUCUGCCGGCCCUGGCCUUCGUCAACAGAGGCUCUUCGUGGAGGAACCUCUACCUGUGGACUUCCAUCCCAGCGGUAUUGUACUGCUUAAUAGUCAGGGUGUUGGUUCGCGAAUCUCCGAGAUGGCUCUUCGUCAAGGGACGCAAAGAUGACGCCAUAGCAACGCUCAAGAGCAUGGCUCCGCCGUCCAAUCUGGACAACUUGAGCAUGAUGAGCUUCUCCAGAUUGCCCUUGGAACAAGAAACCUCCUCCAACGUCGACAUCUACUCCACCAUCAAGAUCUUGGUGCAGAAAACCUGGGCAUUUCGGAGGCUAUCCACCGUCAUGGCAAUUGGAUUCGGGAUCGGAUUGGUGUACUACGGAAUGCCAUUGAGCCUGGGAAACUUAGCCUUCAAUCUCUACCUGAGCGUCACCUUCAAUGCCUUAUCGGAGAUUCCUGCUUCCCUGGUCACGUUCUUAAUGAUUGGGAGGAUGAACAGAAAGACAGGAAUUCUGGUAUUCACGGUGGUGAGUGGGGUGUGCAGCGUAAUUUCGGUGGUGAACAUCGCAGGGAAACAAUAUAAAUGGAUGCAGAUGGGGCUAGAGUUGGUGUCAUUCUUCAGUGCUUGCACGGCUUUCAAUGUGCUCCUCAUAUUCACAAUAGAGCUGUUCCCAACAUGCGUUAGAAACUUCGCAAUAUCGUUGGUGAGGCAGGCUCUGGUGUUCGGAGGGGUUUUCAGUCCUUUACUGGCUGCAGCAGGAAGAGGAGGAAAUGAGUUGGUGUCAUACGGAGUGUUCGGAUUGGUGAUAGGUUGCUGUGGGCUGUUUGUCAUCUGUUUGCCCGAGACACGAGGAAGAGCCAUUUCUGAUACCAUGGAUGAAGAAGAACACAAAGCCACAUCGGGCCCACUAAUAUCAUCACCCAAUUCUGUCAUUACUAAUAACAAUUAUGUAUAUUAAUUGAAUGCAACUGUGGCACCCAUCCACCGAUCCAACUAUGGAUCAUGGAUAUGGAUGAUGACGUGAGUGUAGAUGAUCCAUAUCCCAGAUAUACAUUUGUAUUUAUUUUGUGAUGUAAUCAGUUAAGUCCAGCUGAUGGAUGUGCCGAAUAAUAUGAGGAAAUCUUUUAGAGCGCAGUGCAAUGCAGUGCAGUAGUGCAGAGAGUGAUGUAUCCAAUUUGCAUAAGUUAACUAGUUAAGUAAGCUACAUAUAUAUGUUGUUGAUCAAA